ACCUAGAACUGAACUACGUAGAUUUUCCAGCUAGUCUGAGAAAAUAGACCUCUACGUUUCCAUCGUCGCCGAUAUUUCAUUUCGGAAAGAUGGACGUACUUCAGCGUCUAGCCCGGUUCUUGGACCGGCCCCUCUUCCCAUGGAAGAAGCUCAUUAUGGGCUUCUCCAUUGCCCAAUAUCUCUUCGAGGAAUUUCUAUCGCUUCGACAGUAUGGAGUCCUCAAGAAAACCAAGCCCCCUAAGGUCCUCGAAAAAGAGGUUGCUCAAGAUGUCUACGAUAAAAGUCAGGAAUAUGGUCGAGCUAAAGCACAAUUCGGUUUCGUGAGAGGUCUUUGGGGUCAGAUCCAAAAUAUCGCCUUCAUUCACUAUGAUGUCCUUCCGAAACUAUGGUCAUGGACUGGAACUCUUCUUCAAUUCUUACCUGCUCGAUUCUCUGGCGAGAUCUCCCACUCGAUUGUCUUCGUCCUUACGUUUAUCCUGAUCCAACAAGUAUUGUCUCUUCCUGCCAACGUUUAUCACACAUUCGUUCUGGAGGAGAAGUUCGGAUUCAACAAGCAAACGCCUAAACUGUUUAUCACGGAUAUGAUCAAGUCGAACUUGCUUGCCUUCGUUUUUGCGCCUCCUAUUCUUGCCGGUUUCCUCAGCAUCGUGAAGAAAACGGGUACUCAGUUUGUCACCUACCUAUGGUUAUUUACUGCAGUUCUUCAGGUUUUCAUGAUAACUGUCUACCCGAUCUUCAUCUUGCCCCUAUUCAAUAAGCUGUCCCCUCUAGAAGAAGGAAAAUUGAAGACCGAGACCGAAGAACUGGCAAAGAAGUUGAAGUUCCCUCUCCACGAAUUGUUCGUCAUUGAUGGCAGCAAACGCAGUGCGCACAGCAACGCCUAUUUCUUCGGACUUCCAUGGAAGAAGCACAUCGUCAUCUACGACACACUAAUUGAGAAGAGCAACUCGGAAGAGGUAGUCGCUGUCCUUGCGCACGAACUUGGUCAUUGGAGCCUUGGUCACACUACUAAGCUUUUCGGCGUUUCUCAGCUCAAUGUAUUCUACAUCUUCAGUCUGUUCUCAGUUUUCAUUAACAACGCCUCAUUGUAUAACGACUUCGGAUUCACCAAGGAACAUCCCAUCAUCAUUGGAUUUAUUCUGUUCUCAGAUGCGUUGGCACCGAUGGAUCUUGUAAUUAAGUUGUUGAUGAACAUCAUGAGCCGUCGCUUCGAAUUCCAGGCAGAUGAGUUUGCCCGCAACCUGGGUUACAAGGCCGAAUUGGCCUCCUCCCUCAUCAAACUUCAGAUCCAGAAUCUGAGCACGAUGGAUGCGGACUGGAUGUACGCCAGCUACCAUUUCUCUCACCCUAUCCUUUCCGAGAGACUCAAGGCCCUGGAAUGGACACCUACCGGGAAGGUGGCAGAAGAGAAGUCGGAGAAGCCAGAGGAUAAUGGUGUUGAAAAGGCUAGUGGGAGAGAACUAUAGAUCUCAUAAUCGUUGAGGUCUAAAUCCCGAGGAAAAUGUGUAGAUAGAGUCUCAUAGAGGUCUUUAUUUAUGUGUAAUGCCACUUAGGGUACAUAUUAGAUCUCUAGUCUCGUUGGCGGACUAAAGACGUUUGUUCCCAUGGGAAGUAAGGCAAGGAAUAAAUGUGACUCAAUUUUUUUUUUAAAAAAAAAGAACAAAAACAAAUAUGGCUCUACCA